UAUUGGGACAGGAUGGGAUAUAAUUCAAUAUAAAAACAACACAAAAGGUAAAAACUGCUGUUACAGCAAAGCCGAGAAUAUACUUGAAUAUACAGAUGCCUUUGAUUGUCGGAAGUGAGGUAGGUAAAGCAUUAUGCAGUGCACUGAAACCCUCAGGAGCUGGUGCAACACAAAAAUGUUUCCUCCCCUAAUUACAGAAAAUCAGCCUAAAACAGGGUCUUUUCUGAAGCGUUUUUCUUUUGCUGGAAUAGUUAGCAAGUCGGGUCUAAGCAGAAACAAUCAUAGAGAGUAAUAAAGAAUAUUUACAAUAUGGUAAUAAAAGGGAGAAAUGAAGAACUGGGGAAAAGUAGAUAAUCCCUGUAAAGCAUCCCUUUCAUUACAGCCUUUCUUUGAUAGGACUGCUCUCUGGUGCUGAAGAGGUUAACUCCGCCAGCUGAAUUUGAGCUAAUUUGAGCUCAGCAGGAGAAGGAAGAUCUCGCCUUAGGAAGAAGAGAACGAGGGAGAGAUUAAACGAAAGAGAAGUCAGGGGGUCCUCCACAACUUCAGAGAAAGAGAGAGAGCAGGAGGGACUGCUGGCUUUUACAAACUCUUCAUUAAGUCAGUGAAGAGCUCAGUGUGUGUUUGCCCAGCGCUGGAAAUGAGACGAUUCUGCUCACAGAGUCGACAAGUUCUUUGCCUGCUCUGGAAUCUCCCGUAAAUCAGAAGACGGUGAACACAGAAUCACAGACAUUCUAGAUUCCCCAACACAGGGGGUGAGACCCCCCCCCAUGUAUCCUAUCUACCAGAAGACAUCAGAUCUGUUUGAAAUGAUUGAGAAAAUGCAGGGCAGCCGAUUGGAUGAGCAGAGAUGUGUAUUCCCGCCCCCUCACAAGGGACCUGCUCAUUUAAGACCUUAUCCAAGAAUUCAAGAGUUUCUUCAGCAGGGUUUGCCAGUUCCCUUGAUUCUAACUCCUAAGUCUGGAGGCUACUGGAUCGAAGGACCGCGCCAACCCCAAACAGAGGAGGGGUGCCCAGAAAACACCCCUGCUGACUCCCAGGACUUGGUCUCACUCGGGCAUGCUCUGCUGGAAAGAGACCCAACAGCAACAGUGUACAGGGAAAACUUUCUAGGCAAAGAGCAUCACAAUUUUUAUGCUGUUGACAGUUCUCUGGGUGGCAUGGUGCUGUCAGUUCAACAAGUAAAAUCAGACACCAGAGACCACCUGCAUCUAAUUCUCAGAACAAGAAAUGCCACUUUGCAUGAUGUCAUUCCAGCUUCGUGUCUUUGUGAAGUUCCAAAUGCUAUUCAGAUGGCCAAGUUACUUUGUGAUGACAUCUGUGUAGCACAAUUUUACCCAGCCGUGUUUCCGAAGGCUUCUCAACUGAUAGUUGCCUUUGAUGAGCAUCUUCUGAGCAACAACUUCAAAUUUGGGGUCUUGUACCAACGAGAAGGGCAGAUAUCAGAAGAAGAGAUUCUGGGGAACUGCAAUGAAACUCUGGAGUUUUUGGAAUUUCUAUCUCUCUUGGGAGAGACUGUACCGUUAAAAGGAUUCCCUGGUUUCCGUGGUGGUUUAGACGUAUCUUAUGGACAGACCGGAAGUGAGUCAGUAUUUACUUCCUUCCGAGGGAAGGAGAUCAUGUUUCAUGUGGCGACAAAACUGCCGUUCAUUGAGGGGGACCCCCAGCAGCUCCAGAGGAAGCGUCACAUUGGCAAUGACAUCGUCUGUCUGGUGUACCAGGAAGGACACGUCCCCUUCCUGCCUGACAUCAUCGCCUCCAACUUCCUGCACGCUUUCAUCGUGGUGCGAAGAGAGAGAGGGGGAGAGGGGUACGAGGUGUCAAUCACAGCUCGAGAGGAUGUCCCUUACUUUGGCCCUGCCCUCCCAGACCCGCCCCUUUUCACAGAGGGCUCGGAGCUCCGGGAAUUCUUAUUGGCUAAACUGAUAAAUGCUGAGGUCACCUGUUACCGGGCAGAAAAAUUCAAGAAACUGGAGGAGCGCACGCGUGGAGCUCUGCUGGAUCAUCUGUACAGAGAGUUGUCUGCCCACUCCCAGUGCAUGCUGGGAGUAGCAUCAGCAUCGUCAUCAUCAUCCUCUUCCUCUGAAGGGGCGGGGCUUGAGAAUGGGGGGGCCACAGUGGGCGGGGGCUUCUUAGAAAACUUCAAGCGGGCUAUUCGGGUUCGGAGUCAGUCUCUGGAUGUGAGUGGACCUGGAGCCAAGAAACAGAGUGUAGGGACGCCCCAAAAACAGAGAGCACCCCAACACAGCGCGGUUCGUGUCCCAGAAGAGGAGAGAGAGAGUGAACCAGCAAAUCAGGUAACGGGAAACACCCUGGUCCCACCUCUUCCCCAUUCAUCAUCCAAUGACAGCGGCUGUGCCAGUGGGGUCGAAGGUCAUCGAAGGCAAGAGGAGGAAGGAUAGACAGAGACAGAUAUACAGACAGACAGACCGACAAACAUUAAAAAACAAAAGAAUACUUGGAAUUGUAUGUGCAACAUUGUAGUUCUGUAAAUUAGCAAUUGAAAUGUGUACUUUUUCCUUAAUAUUAUCCCAGUUCCAUUUAUCUCCUAGUGGAUUUUAUUUAAUAAAUGCUCUAUUU